ACGGGGACGGAAAGCGAAACCGGCCGCCGCCGCCUCUCCCCCUCCCGCCCCCCCGUUCGGGCAGCCGCCGCACAACGCGGAGCGAAGGUCGGGUUUCGGUUGCUGGCGGGAGGGGACAGCCCCCCACCCCGCCCCGAAGCGGGUUUUGAGCGCGCCCGAAAUCACUGAAGCGAUCGGGGAGCCGCUUCGUGAGGGGAAGCGGGAGCCACCCGGUCAACGCUUCCCCUUUUACUGGACUCGGCACCUUCCUCCUGGCAGCCCCGGCCAUGUUAGUCAGCCAUUUUAUUCAGCCGUGACUCAAAACCACGACCUUCGGCUCUGUGCUGUGCGGAGAGGAACGGAACACCGCGACCCCAGAGCUCAAGCGGUCAAGGAACGCGUGCCCUCAGAACCACUUAAAAACCCCAAACCCGAGCUUUGUGGAAGCCACUCCCACCGGCUGCUCUGGUCUCCCCGGGAGGGGGAAGGAAGCGGGGCCAGCUCCCCGCCCCUGGCGCCGAGCCCGUCCCCUGCGCCCCGGCCCUCGGCGACACCCCGCGCUGCCGGGAACGGCCGGGCGCGGGGGCAGGGAGCCGGGCGCUUAACGGCCGCGGCAGGCGGGCCUCGCCGUCACGGCGCGGCGGGGGCGAGGAGCGAGGGCCGGCAGCCAAUCAGCGGCGGCGGGACGCCCCCUCCGCCCCCGGGCGCCCCGCCCUGCCCCGCCCCCCCCCUGCGCCGAGCCGCCCGUUGCGGCGACCAGCUCCGGAGGCCGUCGGGCUGCCUUGGCCGCGCUCCCCGCCGCCGCUCCGCCAUGUGGCCGCUGGCCGCUUGGGUGCUGCUCAGCGCCGUGGGCGCCGGUUCUGCCCAGUUGAUAUUUAGUGUGACAGAUGUUGUUGAAAAAACUGACUGUAAUAAAACUGUCGUGUUACCUUGCUAUGUGACUAAUCUAAAGGAGAACAAUGCAAAUGUCAUGUUUGUUACAUGGAAAAAACAAGGAAAAGUAAUUUUUUCUUUUGAUGGAGCAAGACAGGAGUUUUUCAGAGAUCCAGCGGUUCCGUCAGCUAACUUGGUAUCUCGGGCGGAUUUACCCAAGGGUAUUGCCUCUCUAAUGCUUAACAGCGCAGAAGCAGAUGUUGGAAAUUACAGUUGUGAAGUAACAGAAUCAAACAGAGAAGGAGAAACAAGAGUUGAACUUAGAAAGCACUCAGUUGUCAGUUGCGGCGAGGAAAAUACCCCAACACCAAAGGAAAAAUGUGGAUCAUGGUUUCUUCUAGUGGAAAGGGCUAUCAUCAUAGCGUUGCUGUUCUUAGUUAUUAUUUUGUGUUCGGCUCAGUUAAGUGUUAUUGCAUUAAAAUAUGAAAUUGUACCUAAGAAGAAAACGGGCAUUCUUGUAGCAAGUUUCAUCUUCACAGUUGCUGCUGUUGUAGGCACUGUUCUUUUUGUCCAAGGUGGCUAUACUGCACAGAAUCAAGCUGGUCUUGGCCUAAUUGUAGUCCCUGCUGUGAUUUUGGUACCACUUCAAUACUUAAUGUUUGGAAUUGUUUUCGAGAGUCUACAGCAAGCAACAUUUGCUCUGAUAGGUUUGCAAAUUCUUGGUUAUGUAAUUGCUGUGGUUGGUUUUGCACUGUGUGUCUCAGCCUGUCCUCCGUUACAUGGGUCUGUUGUGAUUGCUGGCUUAGCUAUUAUGGCUAUUGCAAAUUUGCUUAGUCUGGCUUACGUAUUUAUUAUGGGUUCCAGAAUGAAAGAUCAUCCUCGUCCAGGGAUGCAAAAGGAGUGAUGUUAGAAUGAUGGUCUGCAGAGCUAUGUGAUGUGUGAAAAGUACACCGUUGUUGAUACACCGUGGCCUUGAAGAUGCACUACUCAACGAGAAGAAAUUCAGGAAACUAGUUGUUUUGCAUGUGUGGCAAAAGUGCUUUUGAUAUAAAUGAUGUAAUUUUAUAGUCACAGCAGCUGUAGCGAGGAACAUGUGUGUUUGCCCACAUGUGAUCUUUAUUUUCUUCUGUUAUGGUAUAUAUGGGAUGGUUGAGGGUGAGAAUAUAAAAAGCACUGUUUGCCCACUACAGGGUCUCCCUGCAGUAAUCCUUAGUGGUAUUAUUUUCAAAAACUAUCAUUAGUCACUGCUUCGAUAAUGGGCCUGCUCAGCCCAAAGAUUGCAAUACCAUUCAGACUUUUCUUUAUUUGUGUGCAUGGGCAAGGUAUGGUCAUAUGUCUAUGAUACACGCAGGAAGUAGAGAUUGUACAAAUACAUCUUUUCUGACAUUCAGCAAAACUUUUAUAAAAAAAUAAAUGCUUAUACACAAAGUUGCAGAAGUACAAAGUUUACUCCCAGCUCUCCUUGAGUUAUUAAUCGAGUUCUCCUAAUUCCACGAAACAGUAGUAUUCCUCUCCAUGGGCAGGAGUCAUGUAUGCUCUGGUGGCUGAUAUUUUAGUCCAGUGAGCAAGCUCUCCAUGCCUCUUCCGUAUUCUUUGAUGAGAAACUGCUCAGCUGUUGGAGCCUAAUUCAGCACUGGAAUUCUGGAGCACAGCAGCUAGUAAUUUUCAUGCUGAAUGUGGUUCUUUUGUAUGUUCAUGUUGUACAGUGUGUGGUACUGGAAGCAAUUUCAGGUUUUCUUAACUCAGUGAAUUUGUAAAACUCAUGGAUGCUUCAUAAAAAUAGGAGUUGUCCUAUUUAGUGUAUUUUUGACAGAGUUUUAAAAUCUGUUUUCUUGAAUGGAAGAAGGAGCUCUUUAAUUUCUGACCUGAGUUUGUGAUGCUGCCAUUACAUCACAAAUACAUAAAAUAGAAAGUAAGUAGGAGGAGCUGAUGAGAAGUGAGGAGGCUCUGUUUCUGUGUAUAUAUAUAAGUGGUACAGUUAAAAAUCAAUUUUGUAGGACUUGCACAUUCCAUGAGAUUUUACCACAUUUUACAACUGUUUUGAGAGUUGUUCCAAUAUAGUUGGCUUCUCUUGGACUUUUAUGUAUACUUUGUAGAAAUCUUGACACUGUCUCCUAUUCAUACUAAGGUAAUGUAUUUCAAAGGCACACAUGGUUUUCUCCUUGUAACAAUUUAAAACUUUGUUUGGAAAGCUGUUGCCAAACAGUAAUGUAAUAAAAUCCAUGUUUUUAAA